AUGCAUCGUCUUUUUGCUGAGCUGGAGCCAUCUUUAACCGUCACAGAGCAAAACCUGGCAGACCGAGUUCGGUAUAUCUUGCGCUCAAAUAUAUUUGAUGUCGCCGAACUCGAACGGCUACGACGUGAGGCUGUUCCCUCGUCGGAUGAGAAUGCUAUGGCUGAGAAUGCGGCGCCACAAAUGGUAGAGCAACCCGCAAACGUGGAUGCCGCCGUGAAUACCCCAGUUGUGGUUGAUUCAAACGAUGAUGGAACAGUCGCCCAGGAACUGGAAUUAGAGCAUAUGAGGAGUACAUUGGAAGAGGCGAUUGUGGAAACGCGCAGUACGCCUCUCGAAAAUCGACCGCGACUUCCCCGCAUAGCCCUAAGCAAGCGGAAUCGGGCUGUCGUGAGGGCUCUGAACCCAAUGCUGGUGACCUAUUUGGAAGCCAGCCGGGACCUUUGCGAGACGGACUCAAUUCUUUUUGGCGCCGCGCUGGCAGUCUGCCGUAUCAUAGGCGCCAAGGUUUCCACGGCUGGACGCGCUACUGGCCAUAGUAGCGCUAUCCCAGCAUGGAGAAGAAGAAUUGAGGAACGUAUCGCAAAGGCCAGAGCUCUCAUCGGCAGACUGAUGUGCUUCAGAUCAGGCAACAACAGGCCAAGAAUUGUGCGCACCGUCAGGAUGGCGUUUGCUGGGACAAAUGUCAGUUUGUCCCAGCCGGAUAUAACGCAAAAACUGACGGAGCGUAUAGAUGAUCUGAAGCAGAGAAUCGCUGCUUGGGGAAAGCGGAUUCGGCGAUAUACCGAGAGGUCGACACGGUUCAACCAGAAUCGUCUCUUCCAGAGUGAUCAGAAGAGGCUCUAUGAAUCAUUGGAGCGACCAAUGGUAAGUGGAACGGGUCCAGCACCGAAUCAGGCCGACACUGUAGCAUUCUGGCGCGGCCUGUGGUCAGAGCCCGUAAACCACAGCGAGGGCCCUUGGACGGAAGUUGUGGCGAGUCAGUGUGCGGGUAUUACGCCCAUGGACCCCGUCAUCAUAACGCCGGAUGACGUCGCUGAGACGGUCCGUAGGGCCCCGAACUGGAAAAGUCCGGGGCUUGACGGGCUGCAUCACUACUGGCUGAAGGAGGUUCAUGCGACACCGGCUCUAACAAGAGAUCAGAGCGAAAAGGAGCUUAAUUCUAAGUAUUAUAAACCAAGCGUCGAUGAUUUGUACUUGUCGAUCAACCGAAGGGAAAAUACUGAUUGUAUUAGUGUCGCAUCAAUAAAUCUAUCACAGCUCAUCGAUCGCCUUUCUAGUUCAUACUACACGCGGCACUCAGCGAGACAGCGGCAGCAUGCGCUCUCCGUCGCACCCACAGGAAUACUAAAUCUAUCUGUUUCACGUGACCCUGACUUUUAG